CGUAAAUAUAUUUAUUGUCCGGGAUUGUGUUGUUAUCGUUAAUGUCUCCAGGCACUCAUUUGGCUGAUUAGACUCCUAUUAAACGCCCUCUGACCGACUGCUAAGCUAGCCAGCUAGCUAGUUAGCGUUAGCGGCUAAAGCGGAAGCUGUCAAAGUAAUAAAGUGGCUCUCAUUAGCCGAGGCGCACUUGAACGCAUCAUCCCUCCAGGCAGCAGCUUGCAGUGACCUGACAGGGAGUCUUUCUAUUGGACUUGUUGCUAGUUUUCUACGAACAAUGAAUGAUCCUUGGCAGGAGUGCAUGGAGCACUGUGUGGAGGUCACCAAACAGGCUGGCAAGAUGAUCCGCGAGGCGCUCCAAAAGGACAUCGCCGUCAUGCACAAGAGCUCGCCGGUUGACCUCGUGACCGAGACGGACCAGCGAGUGGAGCAGCUCAUUAUAUCAUCCGUCAAAGCAAAGUUCCCCACGCACAGCUUCAUAGGUGAGGAGUCGGUGGCUGCAGGCGCCCCGAGCGUUCUUACUGACGACCCCACUUGGAUCAUCGACCCGAUUGACGGCACCACCAACUUUGUCCACCGGUUCCCAUUUGUGUCUGUAUCAAUUGGCUUCACAGUGAAGAAAGAGAUAGAGUUUGGGGUUGUGUACAGUUGCAUGGAGGACAAAAUGUACACUGCGCGCAAGGGGAAGGGCGCCUUCUGCAACGGCGUCCCCAUCAAGGUGUCAGGACAGGAAGAUAUCAGCCGCAGUCUGGUGCUGACUGAGGUGGGCUUCAAAAAGGACUCCGAGCAGUUUGCAACAAUGAUGGCCAACAUCAAGACCAUCCUGACAAUCCCUGUGCACGGUAUUCGCUCGCCAGGCAGCGCAGCCAUCAACAUGUGUCUGGUGGCAUGUGGCUCGGCCGACGCCUACUUCCACAUGGGCAUUCACUGCUGGGACAUGGCUGGAGGGGCCGCCAUCGUCACCGAGGCUGGAGGAGUUAUCACGGACAUAUCAGGUGGCCCGUUUGAUCUGAUGUCCCGCCGGCUGAUUGUGGCUAGCAGCAGAGCCGUGGCCGAGCGCAUCGCCGCGCAGGUAACAGAGUUUGGCGUCGGCAGGGACGACGCAGAUGGCUCGUAAAACUGCUGCCGCCGCGCCCGCUGCACCCGCCUGCCAAUUUAACGGGUAUUCACACAUCUAACAAGCCGAGGGUUUGCUUUCAGGAGCGAACACGUCACCCUUACCUCCGAGGAGUAGCUUAGUCCAGCAUUCACUCGGCUUGCUUUCCAAUUGAAUUUGUGACGCGCAUGUGGCUUUUUUGAUGCACAUGUCUUUGAGGCAGGCACACUUUUAUCUGUCUUGUGAAUAACAUCAGACUGGCUCAAGAAUUCAGUUUUUGCAGUUAAUUCCUAAAAACACCACAGCAAUGCGAACCUAAAAACAGAGGAGCACUCCUGUCCUGUAUGAAUGUAAACAAAUUGCUUCAGUUUUAAACUUAUGACUCUAUUACUAUAUGUACAGUAUUAUAUAGUGAUGGUUUAAAUAGAAAUAUAUGUAUGAACAUUUGCUGUAAUUAAUUAAUAGUAGUUUUUUGGUGCAAAUUUUAGGGUAUGGCAGAGCAUUGUAUUGACAAAUACAAAUGGUUGUUAGAUUUUAUUAAGGGGCAGAAUAUUUAUGUCAAUAGUGUAAUCAAGUGUAGUUUUAGAUAUUUUGAUCCAUUAUACUUUCUUGUAUAUGUUAUUCACAAAUGUAUGUAAGUUGUGAGUAAGUGGUCUGUAAGAAGAACAGCAGUGUUGAAAGUUAUUAUAGCAUGGGUCUCCCAACAGGAGCUGUCACCAUUGAUUUUUGAGUAAACUCUUUGUAUUUUUUUAAAGUGUUCCUCAUGGACAUUAUGCUUGUAUUUAAUAACAAAGAGCAUAACAACACACCAUAACCGCACUUCUUGAGCGGCGAGAUUUAAAUUUAAUUCACUGUCAAAGUAGCUGUAAUGGUGAUAAAAGUUAGGCACCUCUGAUUUAAAGUAAAAAAAACUACAAACCUAACACAAUGGUCACAUUCUUGGUACAUACUAGUGUCGCUUUUUGGCGUAUGUGGCUGACGUUUCACCUCUGAAAUGCCACAUGCUGUAUAUAUGAAUUUGUAUCAUUCGCACAUGCUGAUUCAGCAUAAUUUAACCCUGAAUAACUUUCUGAUUCAUGUCAAUCAUGACACCAACUGUUUUAUUGGCACUGUGAACAUUGUAGUCCAUUUAAAGAGAUAACUAUUAUGUUUCUGUAUCCACCAACAUUAAAUACCUCUCUCCA